AUGGAUCGCAGACGGAGAAGAGAGUUGCGCGACCUGAACAUUAAAGCCUGGGAAGGCUCAAAAGACCUGUUCCUCGUUGCAACCUCCCUAGACUCCUCUCUAAAGAAGAAUACCGCCUUCAUAAAGCGUUUGCGGACUGGGAUCAACGCUACGGGACAGUCUACGCUUCUGAAUGAGAUCAAGAUCUUGUCCCUCGAAAAGUAUCUAUCCGAAAUCAUCUCUGCGACCGCUGAAGGUCUCAGUAAACUCAAGACGACAGUAGAGAUCGCCGCAGGAACCGAAGUCGUCAGUGCUUUACAUCAACGCUUCGGCCCUUCAGCUUUCACCAAGCAAUUGGCAUGGCUUCUCGGAAGAGGCCUUACACCGCCCGACAAGACGCAAACAAAAUCAUGGACGCCCGAGGAACGCACGAGAGAAGAGAGAGAGCGACUUGCACGACACCGCGUCCUACUCCGAGUAGUGACCGAGUUCUGGGUCUGUGGCAUACUACGCGGGCUGGACGACGUUGAGAGACCAGAAGAUGUUUCGACAAAACAACGAGAUGGCCCCGCCUCAGACACUGGUCGUAAUCAGAGCGGCUCGAAAACCGGCUUAGCGACAAACGGGAUCAGGGCGGACUUUGGAUAUGACAAUGAUCCGUUUCCUCUAGAGGUGCUGAAGGAGCUUCUUGGACACGAUCCCGAACAUUCGAAUCUGACACUUGCUGUCUUGUUCGUUAAGAACUUCGCUUGGGAUGUUCUCGGUUUGAGAGCACCUUCGGACGAAACUCGCAAAACCGUUGAAGCAGAUGGUGCUGUCGUUGAGGACUCCAAGGACGGCGCAGAGAAUGACGCUCCCAUUAUUGAUGCGAACCUGCGCCAGAGAUACGUAAACGUACUGGAUCGCUACUUGAAGAGCGUGAAGCAACACAUUGUCCGAAGUCAGACACAACUUUCCAAUCAGAGUCGACGGAAUGCUGAAGCAUAUGUGAAAAGCGGCGAGAUAUUCGAAGACCGUCAAGCACAUUUCGAGAAGCAGAUCAAGGCACAAGAAAAGCUAGUGGCCAACGCACAGGUUCUCUGCGACGUUCUCGGUCAGGAAAUGCCAGACUUGUCAGACAAAGAUGGCUCUGAUGCUCCAGCUGCUAGCUCCGUUGGCAUGAUCAAGACUGGAGAGUACUUAAGGGGCUCGAGCGACGGCGCGGGCAUAUGGGAAGACGAAGAUGAGCGGCGUUUUUACGAAAAUCUCGUCGAUCUCAAAGGCCGCGUACCUGGGAUCCUCCUUGACGACUCCAAGAAAGCCAAGGUCGAUGCCACAGAAGAGCCUUCUGCCAAGACAGAAGCUGCGGAGAUCACGGACAACGUGUCGAAGAAGACGGCACCCGAUACCGACGAUCAGUCCACUGCUAUUGCUAACAAGACCGUGGGAGCCCAGGUCGAUGCCCUGCUACUGCGCCUCCCAGAAAUGCAGAGCAAGGAGCAAGUCGACCAAGUGGCUCUUGAUUUUUGCUUUCUGAAUUCGAAAGCCUCUCGAAAUCGUCUCGUGAAGACUGUGCAAGAAGUCCCAAAAGGCCGAACGGAUCUCCUGCCACUCUAUGCUCGCCUGGCAGCCACUCUGGGUCAAUACAUGCAAGAUGUGCUUCAAGGUCUUGUUUCGCAUUUGGACGACGAGUUUCGGAGUCUGCAGCGACGGAAGAGCAAAGACUUCCUGGGUCAAGUCCGCAUGAUCAACAUCCGCUAUCUUGCUGAACUGACAAAGUUUGGCAUCGUCCCAGAACACGUUAUCUUCCACUGUUUCAAAGUCAGCUUAGACGACUUUUCACGAAUGAACAUCGAGAUCAUUGCCAAUCUGCUUGAAAAUUGUGGCCGGUACCUUCUACGGAACCCCGAAACUACGACGCGAAUGACAUCGUUUCUCGAGACCCUUGGCCGGAAAAAGAGUGCACAGCAUUUGGGCCAGCAAGAGCGGAUGUUACUUGAGAACGCCAUGUACUACGUUGAUCCGCCCGAGCGAGCCGCGAUUCAACAGAAGGACAGAACACCAACAGAGCUAUUCAUCCGUCAACUUGUCUAUAUGGACAUGACAAAACGCAACUAUAUGAAGAUCCUGAAGACGAUCCGCAAACUCCACUGGGAAGAGACGGAAGUAGUUGCCAUGUUGGAGAAGAUCUUCAGCAAGCCAGCCAAAGUCAAAUUCAGCAACAUCCAUCUUCUUGCCGUCCUCCUCGGUGCGCUGUAUCGCUAUCACCAAGACUUCGCUAUUAGCGUCAUCGACAAUGUGCUUGAGAAUAUUACUCUUGGUCUGGAGCAGAACGAUUUCAAGUUCAAUCAACGAAGAAUUGCCGAAGUCAAGUAUCUAGGCGAGCUAUACAACUACAAGAUGGUCGACUCGGCAGUCAUCUUUGAUACACUCUACAGGAUUAUGACCUUCGGACAUGAGGGAGGUAAACCUGUUCCUGGAAAAUCGAGCCCGUUCGACAUGCCUGAUGAUUUCUUCCGUAUCCGGCUCGUAUGCACGGUUCUGGACACUUGCGGCGUUUGUUUCGAUCGCGGCAGUUCUAAGAAGAAACUUGACUUCUUUCUCACCUUCUUCCAGUACUACCUUCUCACGAAAGAGUCCCCUCCCAUGGAGAUCGAUUUCUUAGUCCAGGACACCUACACCAUGGUACGCCCUCAGUGGAAGCUCGUUACGGAUCUUCCCGAAGCCGCUCGCCUCUUUUCAGAAGCUAUUGCAACCAAUUAUCAGCAGCAGGCCGACGGCAAGACCGCUGCGAAUGAUGAUGAAGACUCGGCGUCAGAGGAUGGUUUGGGCGACGACGAUGUGGGACCGGAGGCUGAUAUUGGGCAAUCUAGCGACGAGGCCGAGGUCAUUGGCGAUGAAGACACAAACGAGGAGCCUGAUGUGGCUGACUCCGAUGAGGACGAGCAGAUCAUUGUCACGCGUGAAGAAGAGCAAGUAGAUCCGGAGGCUGAAGCAGAAUUCGAUCAAGCAUUUGAGCGGAUGAUGGCUGAAAGCCUGGAUUCGCGCAAGUUCGAGCGCAAGUCGCACUUCGACGUCCCUCUGCCGAUCCGAAAGGUCCAACGUGCCACGAUGGAGCCUCUUGAGGAAGAGAACGAACCGCGCAUAGCGAGUCCACCGAACACGAUGGCCUUUUCUCUGAUGACCAAGAGAGGCAAUCGCCCGCAGACCCGUACUAUUGAGCUUCCCUCAGACUCAAGCUUCGCCGUAUCGAUGAAAACUCAGCAAGAAGCUGAACGCGAGGAACAACAGCGAAUCAAGAACCUCGUCUUGAAUUAUGAUCAUCUGGGUGAUGAUGACUCCCGUGACGGUACAGAUUUGCCUAGCCCCAUCUUUCAACCCAGCUUGCGUAAGAGCUCCUAUGCUAAAGGAUCCCAAUUCAGGACUCGACCCGCCAAACCCAGCUCUCAGCCGUGCUGA